AUGCCUUUCGGACAGGUUGUAAUAGGACCUCCAGGGUCGGGAAAAACUACUUACUGUAAUGGAAUUCAACAAUUCUUAAACGCUACCGGAAGAAAAGUAUCAGUCAUAAAUCUAGAUCCAGCAAAUGACUUUCUUCCAUACAACUGUGCGGUCAACAUUGCCGAAUUGAUUACGUUGGAAGAAGCGAUGAAAGAACUCGAGCUCGGUCCAAACGGGGCAAUGGUGUAUUGCAUGGAAUUUUUGGAAAAGAAUUUUGAUUGGUUGGAGGAGAAAUUGAAGAGUUUAAGAGAUGACUAUUUAUUGUUUGAUUUCCCUGGUCAAGUGGAAUUAUUUACUCAUUACGAUUCAGUAAAAAACAUAAUCGAACGAUUAACAAAAACGAAUUUUCGGCUUGUUACCGUUCAUCUUGUGGACGCUCAUCACUGCACUGACCCAGCGAAAUAUAUAUCAGUAUUACUUUUGUCGCUAAAGACUAUGCUGCAAAUAGAAAUACCGCAUAUAAAUGUACUCUCGAAGAUAGAUCUAAUGGAAUCUUACGGAAAACUAGCCUACAAUCUGGAAUUUUACACUGAAGUACAAGAUUUAUCCUAUCUCUUGGAUCAUCUAGACGAAGAUCCAUUCACAAAACGAUACAAAGACUUGAACAAAGCUUUAUGCGAGCUCAUUGAAGAUUUUGGUCUUGUCGGCUUCCAAACACUGUGUAUACAGGAUAAAAAAUCCGUAUGGAAUCUAAUUCAAGCUAUCGAUAAAGCGAACGGAUACGUAUUCGGAGGCUUGACACAAGGAAAUGAAAGUAUCAUGCAGGCGGCAAUGCGAGCCGAGCUUUUUUAUAAUGUAUCUGACGUGCAGGAGAGAUGGCUGGAUCAUAGAGAUGUUUGGGAUUCAUGGGAAACGACACACCAACAAGAAACUUCAGGUGUUCCGCCAAUAAAUAAGACUCCUUUAUAA